AGAAAAAUAAGAGUGAACAUUUUUUUUUUUUUUUUUUUUUCUCGAUAUAGAAAAAUGCGUUCCUUCAAACAUUUUUCUCAAAGUAUUUUAGUGUCCUUAACAUUUGCUUAUUUUGUUUAUGAGACUCUGUUGAUGUUAAUGGGGGUGCGAAUAAAUCUAAUGAUCCGUGUGAUGGGACAACAAGAAGAAAUUAUUCAAAUAUCCCAACCUUAUAUGGCAAAGUCUGUUAGUCUCUUUAAUGAAUCGGACCAAACAGGGUAUGGAAAGAAUUCAAAUGCAACCAUUGCUUACUACCCUGACACUAUUUUUUUACAAGAACAUAAAAAUAUUUUGUAUAGAAACAGUUCUGUUCUAAAUGAAAACAAAAAUCCUACAUAUACUAUUAUUGAGGAUCCUGUGAAACGAUUUUAUGUAAUAAACUCUUCUGAUAUCCCAACACAACAAUUUUCUCAAUACAUAAUAAUGUCUCCCUCAUUCAAUGAAGUAGAUAAAAAUACAGUUUAUUAUGGAAGGCCUAAUUUUUUAUCAACUCCAUCCCGAUUCGUAACUCCUGUGGAGUCUGCAGUGGUAAACAAUCAAUCGAAUACGGGUAGCUUAAAUCAAGUACCCAUUGAAAUGAUUCCUUUGGAAGGUGCACAAACCAAUUCAGCUGAUGCCAAUGUUGCUCUCACAGUAACAGAAAAUUCAACAAUAACAAAUCAAGCAUAUCUUUACAAGAGUGCUGCUUUAAACAACAACAAUUCUCUUUAUUUGACGUCUCCUACUUAUCAAGUCCCAGUACAGCCUCAGUGGAAUAUAUCCACUGAACAAUUUAGACCGAAUUCACCAGAAUUCUCACCACCCGUAGUAUCUCAAAGUCUUAUAGGCGAAACAAGUCCAGUGACCUUGCCAACCUUAUUAGAGCCGGUACCCAGUGGUGCAUCGCAAAUUCUUACUAACCAUGAAAAAAACAUUACUAACAUUACUCUCACAAAUGGAAAACCCAAUUUAAACGAGACCAAUAAUUCCUAUUAUAUUUUAACGCGUCCGGUGUCCGCAGAAUAUAUUAAUAAAUCUAGUCUAGCAGGCGUAUUUUUCGAUUCGACGCAGAACAACCAAGAAAAUAAUGCAAAAUGGGAGAUAGACUAUAGAGACGCGCCUUAUUUAAUAAGGCGUCAGUCGAAAGAUUCCGUUAAAAGUGAUGGAAUAAAACUCACUGAAGACGUUUCGAAUCAACCGUUCAUUUAUCGUGAACCAAAUAAUAACCAAAGGAACAAUAACCAAUCAAAUAUAUCAGUAGAAAAUGUUGUCGUUCAUACCGUGAGUCAGACACCACCGUUAAAAAAGGAAGAAGAAAUAACAAACUUUUCAUUUUAUAAUAUUUCAUCACCGGGUCUUUACAAGUUGCAUGGAACAUCACUUUUACCUAUUCUUCCUGACUCUAUUGAAGCUCUCUCUAUUAAAAGGCAGAAUAAUGCUCAAAUGCUUUCAAAUGAACCACAGGAUUCAAUGUCAAAUCAAAUGAACCAGUCUCCUAAUCCGACUGACACUGAUGUUUCUUAUCCAAACCUUAUUUAUGCUAAUUCGCAGUCAAAUUUUUUUCCCAUGGCCAACAUGAGUGAACAUUCGCAAUAUCUUCAAGAAAAUGACACAGUACUAUCCAACACUAUAUUAAACCAUAUGAAGAACGAUAUGAUGCAAUCAUUACAAAAAAUUCCUUUUGAUAAUCCACAAACUGUCACGCAAUCAGUGCUCAUAAGCCCAAAUGAAGUCUCCACCUGGUCUUCCGUUAACAAUAGUAUGCAAGAAAGCAACCCAAACGUGUAAAGUUAUAAAAAGCAAAAUGGUUUUGAAAUUGUUUCAAAAAACCAAUCUUUGAAUCUGGUGUAUCAAAUGUAAAGACGUGGACGGAUUAAACAAUUAAGAACUUGUUGAUCCCUGUUGUAAACUGGUUUCUACUUAAGAACACAGUAGUUAAAUUAUUUUUGAGUUAGUUUUUAGUUGAAAGUAGCACUGCUUUGGUUGUGUAUAAAAUGACAUUCAAUUUAUUAUAUUUAAG